AUGGCUACAGGCCAGGUUGCAAGAGGCACUUUGCCGCCAGCAAGUCAUCCAUCAGCGGAGGAUGUCCUUUACCAGAUCCAGCAGUGCGAGAAGAUUGUGCAGUUUCGAGAUGCCAUCCUCGCUGGCACCCAUCCCAGGAUCAAAGUCCUGCAUCAUUCGUCCGGCAAGCCCUCCCGUUCUAACCUUGCAUCCCCUUCCCAUCCCAUAGGCGCGCCCAAAGCGCCAAAACAAGCUGUCCAACGUCAAAAUAACAGCGUUCCCGCCAUCUCUGCCCACGUCCCCAAUGCCUACGUACCCGGCUUGGGCGCUCCUGCAGCGCCCCAAGCCAGUGCCUCUUCGGCCAGGGCAUACGGCUCGGCGGGUGCACAGAUCAAUCCCAUCUUCCUCGAAAAAUCUGAUGAUCUCAUUAGAGCCGAGAUACAGUUGCAGAGGCAGCGUCUAGAGCGCGCUCUGAGAGAAGAGGUUGAUCAGCGCCGCAUCGCGCAGAAGGCAUCUACGCAGCUGGAGACGCUGGCCGACUUCAACCUGCACGACGUUCUGUCAAAGGCGCUGACUCUUGUCGAGGCCACUGCUCCUCUCAAUGCUGAUGCCACCGAGUUCGCUGCUAACCCUGAAGCUGCAAGUGACUCCUUCGACGAGAACUCGUAUUACUCCUCCCAGCACAACUCGCCAGAUCCGUCGCAGGCUAGUUCACAAGCUGGCCGGGCUUCCGACGGCGUGCCCACGUUGCAGCCAGAUCAGCGAUAUCAUCCCACGGUCCCUGGCGCUCCAGUACUUGCCCAGUACAAGCCGCAACAGCAGACCGAAGCGCAUCCACCUGUCUCGCGUCCAGUAGCUACUUAUCAGCAGCAGGGCCAGUCGUCGAUGGGUGCUCCCCAGCCCACCCCCUCCUCCUACUCCUAUCCCACCUACAACAAUACCUUCUCUGCAAGCACAAGCACGCAAAUAAGGAAAGACAGGCAUGGUCUUUUGGAUGGCAACACAACAGCUGACUCCACGUCUUUCGGCGAUGGCAGCGGUGAGGUCAGCCGCUCGGGGUCAGGAAACAUGAUGGAACUUGAUGAACAGUCUGGUAGGUCUGUUCGCAAUGCAGGCCAGUAUCGGCCCGCAGAGCCCCAUGCUCCCAGGCAGCCAUCGCCAGUUGUUGUUGCUCAGGCCAUUUCACCUGUUGCUCCUCAGCCAUUUCACGUAUCGUCGCUGGCUACUGCAGGGCGGGCCCAGCCAGGCAGCCAAGGGUCAGGUAUUAUCCAGGGCACAACAGCCCAAGUCGCUGCUCUGCGCAACGUGGCAAACACUGUCUCUAGCCCGGACAGCUCACCACAAGGAGGCCGCAAGGGCGCGAAGGGGAAAGGGAAGAAGAAGGACAAAAAGAACAAGAAGACCGGGGCCCAUGCUGCGGGUGUGCCGUAUAUCAAGGAGGAGCCCCGGUCACCAUCACCUCUUAACGCUCCAACCUUUACUAGGCCCCAGAAGCGUCAGAAGAGGCAGGCAGAGGAAGCGCAGGACCUCCACAGGCGUCAGCCCUCUCGAACGUUUAGAGAUGACGGAGCUCUCCCUCACGUUCCAGCUCCUGCUUACCCGGGACCAGAUGACUACCGCCCACGACCAGCAAGCUACGCGCCAGCAGCGGGUGGCUACGGUUAUGCUCCGCCAGCAUACGAGCAGGACCGUCGAGUCACCAGCAGCGUACAGCCGUAUCCAGUUCAGUACGGCGCAAGCGAGUAUUACCCCGCCGCGGUCCAGCCUGUCGCCGUGGACCGCUACGAUCGUGAGCCCCAACGUGUUUACCGCGACGCCUACGAGGUGCCUCGCAUGAGUGCACGGCCAGAGGUUGGCAGAGCCAGAUCGCGGUCACCACUCAUGCGAGAGCGCGCAUCACCGCUCAUGGCCCCACCGGCCGCCCGCGUAGUCGUCGACGCGUCUGGCCGGCAUUACUACGAGCCGCAACCUCCUGCUCCCGCGGUGCGUCAGUCAGUACCACCGGCAUCCAUGAGGAUGGACGACGCGGAGGUCCUCUACGAGAGGCCUUUGCGAGCCGAGUCUCGCCGACCAAUUGAAUAUGAAGAAAAUGGCGUUGUGUACCGCCGGGUUUCGCCGACCUAUGCUCCACGCAGAGUGGUUACGCAGCCGGAGUACGCUACUGAUCCCCACAGAGCUUACCGGCAGCGCGAGUAUUCAUCUCGUCCCAUGCCGCCCCCACCACUGGAGCAGUAUGUCCAGGUCAGGAGCGGCCCGGGUCAAGAGAGGGGCCCCGCCGAGGGGGCGCCACGGGAGUACGCGAUGCGUGCAACCACGGCCCGGCCUGCGGAGCCGGUCCGCUACGAGAUGCCACCCGAGUAUGGAAGGGUGCAGACCGUCAGACCCGACUUGCCUGCCCACCCAAGCUAUCCUCCUGCUGGAGCGCAUCGUGAGAUGAUGCACCCUCCCCUGCCUCGCGCCUACAGCAUGCGGCCUGCCGAGUCGGGUGCCCCGCGGCGGGAAUUCAGUGCCCGCCCCGUCGAGAGCUACUACGGACAUCCUACGCGUGGUGACGAGGGCGUUGCCUACAUCGAGCGGCCUCUUGGUGCUCCUCAGGAUUUGGCUUACAGCAGCGAGCCUCACAGAGAGAUAUAUCGUUGA